AUGGGGAAACUACCUGGCCAAUCUGACCCUGUAAUUAACCAUUUCAGCCAUCCCCAUCAAUUGCACCUCUCAAAUUUUCAGACACACCAAACUUUAGCAGGCCUACCACCUUCCUGCUCAGCUUGCAAGCUCAAUAUCUAUACAGGAGAAUGGAUGUAUAGCUGCAAAAUCUGCAACUACUUUCUUCAUAUCUCAUGUUCAAAGUUGCCUCAACAAAUCAAACACCCUUUUGACCCGCAUGACCAUGUCCUAUCCUUACUUCCGAAUCCAAUAUACGAACAAGGAUUAUUCAAAUGCGAUGCGUGUGGCAAGCAAGGCAAUGGAUUCUCCUACCACUGUGGCACCUGUGGAAUUGAUCUCCACACUAUAUGUGCAACCAUGCCAUUGAUUGUCAUACACCAUUCUCAUCAUCACCAUCUUCAACUCACAUUCUCUCCUCCUUAUCAGAACAAGUGCUUCUGUUGUGAUGUAUGCAAGGAUUUGGGGAAGCAGCACUGGCUUUACAGGUGCAGCCCUUGUGGGUUUGAUGCUCAUUUGUCAUGUGCCAGAACUGAGCCUAGAAUUCCUCCAGUUCAGCCAGUCCCGGUUCAACAGACCCAAAUGGUAGCUAGAGUGGUGGCUCAGCCUCCUGUGACUUACCUGACCAAUUCUAGUUAUGCAAACCAAGGUGGAUUUUUUGCUGCUAGGCCAACCAAUGUGUUACUUGGUCCUGGCCUGGUCAGCAAUAACAGGAAUUUGAACUUGAACCAGGCAUUUUUUCAGGGAAUACUAAGUGCAACGGGUGGCGGCAGCACCGGUGGUGGUAAUGGAGGAGGAGAUGGUAAUGGUGACUUGACCGGAGUGGACUCCGGAGGAAUUGGUGGAAUUGAUUUUGGGUUUUAG